AUGAAAUUGGAUUGAAACUGUCCUAUUAAGUCAGUAAAUGUCAGAAGAUUCCCAUGAAACUAAAUUUUGUAGGUGGCAUUAUAUCUCCUAAGAUGGUGUUUGAACAGUGAUCAACUACGGAAAUAGAAAUGAACUGUCUUUCAUACAGGUUAUACAACUAUGUGGUUAUUGAAGGAGCCGUGGGCCCUUUUAUGAAAGCUGCUAUAUUUUAUUAGCUUGCUGUGUAAAGGAAGAUCUCUUUAAAGGUGAAGACAUUAAGAAAUGAAUACGCGGAGUGCUUAGGUGGUGUCAUCUAUAAUGAAGAUUACUAUAAGACAGAAGAGUGAAGAAAGCCUUGUAACACUGUACCUGAAUUAGAGAUUUAGAAAAGGAAGUUAAAAUUAGUCACUUUGGCUUUAGUGUUCCAAUUUAUAUUUAUUCUUUGUUCUAAAUAGACUUAGGGAGAAGAAAUUAAAAUUCAGUGUUCUAACACAGGGAUCACUAAUACUUAUUCUGGCCAUUUUUUCUUUUUGUAAGAGGGAAGAAAUUAUAUAAACAAUAACUAUAGUGAUUCAUAAUGAAAUACACUAAACGUAAUUUUAUGAUGUCAGUUCUUGGCAUUAUAAUAUAUAUAACUGAUUUAAUUGUCGAUAUCUGGGUAUCUGUCAGGUUUUUCCAUGAAGGACAAUAUGUUUUUGGUGUUUUUACAUUAAGCUUUAUGCUUUUUGGAACACUCGUGGUUCAGUGUUUUAGUUAUUCUUGGUUCAAAGCUGAUUUAAAGAAAGCAGGCCAAGAAAAUCAGCGUUGCUUUCUUCUGCUUCAUUGCUUGCAAGGAGGAGUUUUUACACGAUAUUGGUUUGCCUUGAAGAAGGGUUACCAUAUGGCUUUCAAAUAUAGCAGCAAAACUAGUAACGCCAUGGAAGAACAAGUUGAUCCACAUAAAGAAAUUAUAGACAGAGUGACUGACUUGAGCAUGCUCAGGCUAUUCGAGACCUACCUGGAAGGCUGCCCACAACUUGUUAUUCAGCUCUACAUCCUUCUGGAACAUGGUCAAGCGAAUUACAGUCAAUAUGCUGCUAUCGUGGUCUCUUGCUGUGCUAUUUCUUGGUCAACUGUUGAUUAUCAAAUAGCUUUAAGAAAAUCUUUGCCUGAUAAAAACCUCUUUAAAGGCUGUUGCCCUAAAAUCACAUAUCUCUUUUAUAAGUUGUUUACAUUAUUAUCUUGGAUGCUGAGUAUUGUACUUCUUCUAUUCUUAAACAUUAACAUUGCUUUAUUUCUGUUAUUAUUUCUUUGGUCUUUAGGUGUAAUAUGGGCAUUUAAAAAGCAAACUCAGUUUUGUACUUCCAAAGGUAUGGAAUUGUUAUACAGGAUUGUUGUUGGAUUCAUUCUUGUGUUUACAUUUUUUAAUAUUAAGGGACAGAAUACUAAAUGUCCAAUGUCUUGUUAUUAUAUUGUAAGAGUACUAGCCACACUGGGGAUAUUGAUUGUGUUCUGGGUUUUCCCACUCUCUAUUUUUAAUUCAGACCAUUUUUUACCUAUUAGUAUCACCAUAGUUCUUACUUUUAUCUUUGGAAUUAUUUUUCUUAUUGUUUAUUAUGGCAUUUUUCAUCCAAACAGAAAUGAAGAAAGAAAAUAUGAUGAAGUUGAUGGAAUGUCAGUUCAAAGAGAGUGUAGAAUGAGAUAUUUCCUAAUGGAAUAAGCUAUUCCUUUAUAAGUAUUUUCUUAUUUUGUAUUUCAUUGUUUAGUAAAGAAAUUGUUAUCUCAUAUGUGUACUGUUUCUCUUUUUUUUUACA